AAUUUACAUUAUUCGUAUCUUACCUUAUUGGGCCUAAUGUCAAGGUAUAAUAGCCCAAUAAGAGACUAAACGCUACCUAUAUCAAUGGUAGGUCUUUUUUUUUUUGGUUCUCUUUUUGAAUUUUGUGGCGCUUAAUUUCCGAGAAUUCCAUAGCUUUUGGCGGUCAAAUGAAGCCGGAGAAUCUCCUCCGACGAUCGCCGCCGAAUCGUAAGCUCACCACCGGUUGUGAAAUUAUCGACGUAUGUCUUCGCGGCGGUAUCCCCUGCGAUUCUCUGACAGAAAUCGUGGCGGAGAGCGGCUGCGGAAAGACACAACUCUGCCUUCAGCUUUCGCUCUGUGCCCAACUUCCGAUUUCACUCGGCGGACUCAACGGUUCUUCUCUUUACCUCCACUCCGAGUUUCCUUUUCCGUUUCGCCGUCUUCAUCAGCUAUCGCGAUCGUUUCAUCAAUCCAACCCUAGUAUAUACGCGAAUCACAAUGAUAAUCCUUGUGAUCAUGUGUUUGUACAAAAUGUUCAUUCUGUAGACCACCUGUUCGAUAUAAUGCCUAGGAUUGAUGGGUUUGUUGGUAAUUCUGAAAAUAGGUUUCCUUUGAAGCUAAUUGUGCUUGAUUCUGUAGCGGCGUUGUUUAGAUCGGAAUUUGACAAUACUCCGUCUGAUAUGAGGAAGAGAUCUUCUUUGUUUUUCAAGAUAUCUGGGAAGUUGAAGCAGUUAGCUAAUAAGUUUGGUUUGGCUGUUGUGAUUACGAAUCAGGUCACUGAUUUGGUGGAAACAGCUGAUGGGUUAAGUGGGUUGAGGAUUGGGAAUUUGAGGUAUUUGUGUUCGUCUGGGAGACGAGUUGUUCCUGCUUUAGGCUUGGCUUGGGCUAAUUGUGUGAAUUCUAGAUUUUUCAUCUCACGAGGUGAUGAUACUAUCUGCAAAGAGAGAAGUGAAAAUGAUGAGAGCGGUUCAAGUUCUGUGUCCAGAAGAGCUCAGAGACGGCUUGACAUUGUUUUUUCACCUUAUUUGCCUGCAACUUCCUGCGAAUUCAUGAUCACACGAGAAGGGAUAUGUGGCGUUCAAGCAUAGAUGAACUGGUGCUAUGUAGGAUAAUUUAUGUACGAAGCAUCACAAGUUUUUUUGGAGUUUCUGUGCAUUAUUUAUGUAUAUUGCCGAGGGAUCUGGGAGAUGCGUUGCAGCAAAGCCAGAGAUGAGUGGUAAAUCAAGGAGGCGAUGUUACCAGAAUGAGGGAUGGCGGCGGAUCAAGUGCAUCAAAUCGCAUCUGAUUUAAGACAACAAUUUGAGAUUCAGGCUAAGGCUGAGGUUAAAAACAACUGUUGAAUCAUCUCAAGAAGAAGAAGGCUUUUGGAUUAACAAAAACUGUUUGUUCACCAACAAAUUUUCAUAUUCUUACUUAACACAAAUCUCUAGUUGUAUAUAACUAAACUAACACUAAGCUCAAUGCAAG